CCGUUGACUGCUUUGUUUUGUAUCGUGGGCACACAGUAUGUUUCUAGUCAACUCGUUUUAUACUCGUGUAAAGACAGCACGUGGUAUUUGAAAAAUUGUUCAUUUUACUGUUUUUAUUCAAGAUGGGAAAAGAUAAAUCAGGCAAAAAGAAGAGUAAAGUUAGCUUGGAAGGUGGACCUGAGUUAAAGAAAAGAAAAAAUGCUGAGGAAGAAGUUAUUGUUGCAAAGAAACAGAAGAUUGAGACACAUAAUUCAGUGAUUGUGAAGAAGACCAAAGAGAAAGCCAAGAAAGACGAAAAGAAACUACAGUUACAGCAGGAAGAAGUUGUUGUCAAUGGCAAAGCUAAGAAGGACAAAAAGAAAAAGAAGAAUAAUAUAUCAAUGGAGAUUGACAAAGACACUUCGGACAUAGCUAUGGAGGAAAAGCCCAAAGAAAAUGGAAAGAAUAUGCCAGAUGCCAUGAAAAUUAUGAGCAUUGAACGUGACUCAUCAUUGAGCAACUCAGAUGCUUCGGAGAAAAAAGCAACUCAGCAAAAACCCAAGAAAAAAAGUUCCAAAAAGAAAACCCUGUCACAAAAUGACAAUCCAACUCAAACGAAGAAAACUGAUGAAAAGACCUCAUCCAGCUCAGAUGAUUCUGAUUCAAGUGAGGAGAAACCAAAGGUUGCAGUUAAAAAAGGCAAAGAGAAAAAAGCAAUUGUGAAAGAAACACCAAGCAAACAAGAUUCUUCAAGUGACGAUGAUGACGAUGAUGAUGAUUUAUCUGACGAUAAAGUGCCAGCAAAGGCGUCAACAAAAUUUGCUGGAAAGAACACACCUACUGCUGCCACAUUAAAGAAGGUUGCAAAGAAAGGCUCGUCAAGUGAUGACAGUGAUUCAUCUGAUGAAGAAGAUGCAACAGUCAAACCAAAGGGAAAAGCUGCUGCAGUUAAAACAACACCCAAACCUAAAGUAACAAAGAAAGAAUCAUCUAGUGAAGACAAUGAUUCAUCUGAUGAAGAAGAUGCAACAAUGAAAUCAACCCCCAAAACUGCUGCAGUUAAAACAACGCCCAAACCCAAAGAAACAAAGAAAGAAUCAUCUAGUGAUGAUAGUGAUUCAUCUGAUGAAGAAGAAGAAGCAGCCAAAAUUGUUAAACUUGUUAAAGAUGAAAAAUCUGGAAAAGGAGCUAGUGACAAGAAAGCAAAGAAAAAGGAAUCAUCGUCAAGUGAAGAUAGUUCAGAUUCAGAUGAAAAAGAAAGUGAAGUGACAAAGAAAAGUAAAUCUGAGAGUAUAGCAACAGCACUAAAUCCGGAAGCAUCAAAAGAUAGUUCUGAUGAAGAAGAUUCGGAUGACUCAAGCUCUGAUGAUAGCAGUGACGACAGUAAGGCAUCAGAUAAUGAUGUGGCUAAAAAGUCAGCAGAAAAAGGUGGGAAAAGAAAGGCCAAUGAUGACAACAACAACAACUCAGCCAAAAAAGCUAAAAGUGACAAAGAAUCUGAAGAAAAGUUCACAGCUUUUGUUGGUAACGUUUCGUUUGAUGCUACCGAAGAUGAAUUGAAAAAACAUUUCGAAGAAAAUGGUGUUAAUGCUACAGGUGUAAGGUUGUUGACUCAAAGUGAUGGCCGAAUGAGAGGAUUUGGUUAUGCGGACUUCUCAUCGGAAAAAGACUUCAAGAAAGCAAUCAGUCUUUCAGGAUAUGAAUUUUACGGAAGAGAGUUAACCAUCAACGCAGCUAAUAGCAAACCUGGUGGUGAAGGAGGACGAGGCAGUGGCCGUGGAGGUGGAAGAGGACGUGGUGGGGGGCAACGUACCCCGAAAAGAGAACAAAAUCCUCCAUCAAACACCCUUUUUGUGAAAAAUCUUUCGUUUGGAACUACCGAGGACACAUUGUAUGAAUAUUUUGAUGGUGCUUCGAGCAUUAGAAUUAUCACUGAUCGAGAUAGUGGAGAGUCUCGUGGUUUUGGAUACAUUGAGUUUGCUGAAACGGGUUCAGCGAAAGAAGCCAUGAAAACAUGUGAUGGUAAAGAAGUAGACGGAAGACGAUUGUUCCUUGAUUUUGCGGCACCACGUGACUCGCCUGGAGGUGGCGGUGGUGGCCGUGGUGGUAGAGGAGGACGUGGAGCUGGUCGUGGUGGACGCGGAGGUCGAGGCAGAGGACGUGGUGGCUUCAAUAAAUCUCCCGGUGCGAUUAAGAAUAAAGGUUCAAUUCAAGAAUACAAAGGAAAGAAAACAACAUUUGGGGACGAUGAUGAUGAGUAGAUGAUGAUAAGUAGAUGAUGAUAGUGUGGCUGAACCUAUCAAUAUCGUCAUAAGUAACAGCUUCAGAAAGCUAAAUAUUUUAAAAUAACUGUUCUUAGUAUCAGUUCCAUAUCAGUUACCUUUAACUUUACUGCCAUUUUGUCAAAGAGAACUAUUUAGUUGGCAAAAAUAUGACAUUAUCUUAGACUUCGAUUUCAUAACUUACUUUCUAUGACUUGACCAUUGAGAAAGCAAUGUUUAAGAACUUUAGAUUACAUAUGAAUGAAGGCUUUAUACUUGGUCACUGACUUGCGUUCUGAAUGGGAAUGUAUGGCCAGCUUAUACAAAUGAGUAUGUAGUCAUUUUUCAACAUGUUACCUUGUAGACGUUCAUUGUAUAUUAUAUGUUUGAGUAAUACACAA